UCCACCUCAUCAUUGUUACUAUUUUAGCUGGCAACCAAACAAGAGCCAGGGCAACUUUCCAGAAAAUAACAAAAUUUUCUAGGGAGAGAGAAAUUGUCAACCGUAUCCACUGCGCAAUCCUAUGAACAGAGAAAAGAAAUGAGUAACAUCAUUCUAGUCCAAACAAGUCCCAGAGCCGCCAUGUCUUUCACGGCUCUUUCAACUCUUCUCCUUGUAUCAUCUCUCGCCGCUUCAUUUCCUGCCGCCGCCGCGGCCGAUACUCAGACGGCGUAUGAAAUCCUCGCCGGAUACAACUUUCCAAUCGGUCUCCUCCCUAAAGGUGUGAUCGGAUACGACCUGGACAAAAACACUGGUAAAUUCAACGCCUAUCUGAACGGUUCGUGCGGUUUUUCUCUGGAAGGUUCUUAUCAGUUGAAUUACAAAUCCAGAAUCAGUGGUUACAUAAGCAAUGGCAAACUCACAAAUUUGAGCGGCAUAAGCGUAAAAGUGCUGUUUUUGUGGCUGAAUAUUGUGGAGGUGACUAGAGAUGGAAACGAGCUUGAUUUUUCUGUUGGGAUUGCGUCGGCGAGUUUCUCAAUUGAUAAUUUCUAUGAGUGUCCGCAGUGUGGCUGCGGAUUGGAUUGCAAUAAUGUCAAAGUAAGCAACCUUAGAACCAAUCCAUUUGUUUCCUCAAUUUAGGUAUUUUAAAUAUUAAAUUUGUUCGAAGAAUCUUUUCAAUGCUAUGUGCUAAUGGAUAUUGGAUGAUAUGCUUAUCUUUCUAUCUACGAAUGGAGUGACAUAAUUUGGGUUUUGUUUGUUUACUGGAAAUUGUUGUAUAACAUUUGCUUCAUAGGGGAUAAAGAAAAUGUGCAUGUUUGGUUUGUCUGUGUGGGGGAUAAUUAUGUGCUUUUUAGCUUUAAUGCUUUGCCUGGAGUGUUUUCUGAAUGCCUCAAUAUGGGCAUGGAAAAGAACCCAUUUUGUAAUGGUAAUUGACGGGAACGUUAUUAUUAUU